CUUCUCCCUACCUCCCUCCCUCCCUCACACACACACACACACACUCUCUCUCUCUCUGAGACAGACAGACAGAAAGUCAUGAGCAGAUCGGCUCCUUUCUUCGCAUCUCUAGCCAUAGCCACCAUUUUCAUCUUCUUCUUACUUUAUUCUCCAAAUCCAAUUGUUCUUUUCUCUUUUAAAAUUUGAUUUAUUUUAGAGUCCGUUUGAUUACCAUUUUGUUUUUAGUUUUCGUUUCUUGUGCUAGAGAUGGAGCGAAAAUAUAUGGGAGGAAUGAUGAAGGGAGAAGGGUGUAGGGACAUGGUGGGAGAAAGGGAGGCGGGAGAGAAGUGCAGGAGUUUAUAUUAACACAAAAACUUGAAAGUCCAAUUUUUUGGUUUUUAUUUUUCAUCAUGUGUUAUUCCUUUUGCAUUUCUUCCACCUUUCUUCUACUUCAUCGUUCCUUCUUCUUCUAUACACAUUUUCUUUAGCGUAAAAACUAAAAACGAAUUGGUUAUCAAACGACUUGUGAUUUUCUUUCGGUGGGGUUCUAAAAGAUAUUGCAAUUUUUGGUUUCUGUAGAAGAGAGGUGUGACCUAUUUAAGGUCACUGGGUUCCAGAACUGAGAGGGCCAAUCUACACCAAUACAAGCUGUGCCACUAUUCCUGAAUCAAGGAAUUGUUUCAAAUAUGGUAGAAUAGACAAGGAUUUUCUUAACUGGAGAUGGAAGCCGGACAACAGCGAGGUUCCGUGGUUCGAUCCAAAGACAUUUUUGGAAAUCGUUCGUGGAAAGAAAAUGGCUGUUAUCGGCGACUCUGUUGCGCAGAACCAUUUUGAGUUUCUGCUCUGCCUCUUGUCACAGGAGGAAUCCCCUAAAGACAUUUACAAGGAUUUCGAAGAUCACUUCACGACAUGGUACUUUCCACAACAUGACUUCACCCUUAUGAAAUUAUGGUCCAAAUUUCUCAUUGCUGCAGAAGAGAGGAUGGUUAAUGGUAAAGGAUCCAGCAUUUUCGAUUUGCAACUAGACAAAGUCGACGAGAAAUGGGCAGAACACCUCCCGGAUUUAGACUACGCUAUAUUCUCAGCAGGGCAUUGGUUUAACCGGAUUAUGUACCUGCACCAAGGUGGCAACCUCAUUGGAUGCUUCUACUGCGGUGAACCUAAUGUCACCAAUUACAACGGUAGCCACAUCGUUCACUUGGCGUUUCGAACUGCAUUCAAGUAUAUCAUGGAUUGCAAGUACUGCAAGGGAGGCCUCCUGACCUUGUUGAGGACAUUUACACCGGCACAUUUUGAGGGUGGCGUUUGGAACACCAGUGGGUACUGCAAUCAAAUGAGUCCUUUGAGCGAGGCAGACAUUGAUUUGGGACGUUCGGAUUGGGAACUGAGGAGCAUUCAGGUUGAGGAAAUUGAAAGAGCAAGAAAAGAAGGGGAAGUGCAGGGAAAGACGUUUAGGGUUUUGGAUGUAACCAGGGCCAUGUUUAUGAGCCGGACGGGCACCUCGGAGCUCACUGGAACAAGUGGAUGGACGGUUACAACGAUUGCGUGCAUUGGUGCAUGCCAGGCCCUAUUGAUUACUGGAACCAUUUUCUGAUGGAAAUUAUCAAAAUCAAGGGAGGCGUAGUAUCUUAGGCCCAAUUUGGCAUCGUUGUAGCUUUUUAAAGUAAUACUUAUGACGUGCUUUAAGAAUAAUCAGUUGUAAAGUAAAUGUUAAUCGAAUACAAUCUAUGCCCCGAUGCUCUAUCCUA